AGAAAUCUCAUUAUCGGGUAAAAUCUCAUUAGUAUCGGGUAACUUUAGAUCUCUGUUGAUUGGUUAAUUUCCGCGUGUAAGCAAUUUAUAAAAUUCUGUAUUGAACUCUAAACUGAAAGAAAGUUUAUAUUUUUUUCAAGAUGAAUCUUGAAAUUCUGAUUUGAGAAAGAUUUCUACAUCAUAUGAACAGCUGUGAAUUUUUAUUAUACUAUAGUUAUGACAUGUCGCGAUCGUGCGUAUAUCAGCAACGAGUAAGUACGAUGACAGACGUAGAAAUUGUGCAUAAAUAAAUCAAUUUUACGAUGGCGAAUGUGAAUAGUCAAAUACAAAUUCGUCUCAUCACUAAGCAGCAACGAUAUGCCGUGCCUGAUUAUCCCAUAUUCGUGAACGCGUCAAUAGACGUUAGUGAAUUGAACACUAUUGUUAACAAAUUUCUGAAGGAGUCGAAGAAUAUCCAGAAUGCAGUGAACUUUGAUUUCUUGAUAUCUUCUCAGCUUCUGCACACCUCUCUGAGGGAGUACAUCGCAGAAACACAAGUUUCCACUGAAGAAGUAAUAGAUGUGGAAUAUUUGAAAAAGUAUGUCUCACCAGAACCUCAGGAUUGCCUGAUACAUGAUGACUGGGUGUCAACUGUUGCUGUUUGUGAUAAAUGGAUUUUAACUGGCUGUUAUGACAAUACUUUGCACAUUUGGACAUCAACUGGUAAGCAUCGUCUUGUGAUUCCUGGACAUGCAUCCCCUAUCAAAGCAGUGGCAUGGAUAUCUGUUAAUGAUGAUAAUGUUUCCUUUGUCAGUGCAUCGCAAGACCAAACAGCUAUAACAUGGAAAUGGGAUAUAGCGAAAAAUUCAGUGGAACGAUUGCACAUUUACAAAGGACAUGAAAAGAGUGUGGAGACAGUUAGUGUGAACCAUGAUACUAUGUUAAUGGCUACUGGUAGCUCAGAUACAACACUUAAAAUCUGGUUGACAUCUAUUCAAGAUGAACUGGAAGAUGGGGAGUCCAUGCCAAAAAGAGCAAAAAUGGAGCAUGGUAAAACACAGGUUUCGAUGUGUACGAUGAAAGGACACAAAGAUGCAAUUAGCGGAGUUAAGUGGUGCGACAAAACUGAAAUCGUCACAUCAUCUUGGGACCACACUGUGAAAAUGUGGGAUUCUGAAUUGGGCAGCAUUAAGCGUGAGUUUGUCGGCGAGAAAAGCUAUUUUGACGUGGACUAUUCCUCGUUAGCGCACGCUCUGAUAACUGCGUCCGCGGAUAGACAUGUGAGACUAUACGAUCCAAGAUCUUCAGAAAAUGCAGUUAUGAAAACCAUGUACACUUCUCAUACACAAUGGGUACAAUGCGUGCGCUGGUCGACUGUGAUUGAAUACCUCUUUAUCUCGGGAGCCUAUGAUGACAUUGUCAAGCUUUGGGAUACCAGAAGUCCCAAGACGCCGUUGUUCGAUCUCACAGGACACGAAGAUAAAGUUCUGUGUUGUGACUGGUUGAACUCUAAACUGAUAGCAUCUGGUGGUGCGGACAACACAUUGAGAAUAUUUAUGUCCGACAUCGACCAACAGUUUACAAACACGAUAUGAAAUUGUUUCGUAGCAGGAAAGUGAAAUCUUUGAAAUCUUGCGUCAAUAAUAAACUUAUAUUUAUCCCAAAUUUUCGUUUUCAAAACUUUUAAGCAAAAUUUCCGAUCGUAUCAAUUAAAAAUGUUUUAAAUAUUAUUCGAAACCAACAGUUAUCGAAAAAUCUUAAAUAGCUCAACAAUCUCGGAUGUUACAAAUCGAUAAUGUAUAGUAAAACUAUAUUAAUACACGUAAAAACUAUAUUAAUAAAAUUGUCAUUAAUACCUGAAUGUUACAGUACUACCUUGAAUGCAUAACUUCGUAUAUUAAAAACUUUUAAGACAAUAAAAUUUUUUACAUUAA